GUCACGGUGCUGGCGGGAAAGCUCGCGACCUUUUUGGCCGGCGCUUGGAAUGUGCUCCUGAAGCGUCAAGACGUCUACCGGGCAUUUGAGCGGAGGUCGCAAGACCAGUUGGGCCUCUUCGAAAGGCUGUACGAGUUGUCGUACGAGGAGCUCUGCCCAGGAGAUGAAGGGGUAUCAGAUCUCAACGAGGAGCUUGACAAGCAUAUUCAGCCCAGCGAUGUCAAGCUUAAGACGAAGAAACAGCUCCCAUAUGCCCUUCGUGAUGCUGCUGUCGCCACGCGAGCCCUUGAAGGGUUGCUGCUGGGUCUUCUCGAGAAGGAGCCUGGCAUAGGCAAGCCUGUCGUGGGUAGACUCAAGUCGUCACUCCGAAUUGUAGAGAAGGCCGCUGCCAGGGGCAAAUGGCCCGAUGUGUCGGAUGUGCUCGACAUGGCCCGUGCGUCACUGGUGACUGCUUCGCACCAGGGCAUUUUGGUGGCUUACAAGACGAUCAGGGACAGUAAGGAAGUGAAGAUUCUCAAAGUCAAGAACCGCUUCCGCCCUGAUGCCGCCAAAAACGGGUGGCGAGAUGUCAACCUCAUCCUCGAGUUCACGACUGGGUCUGCGGAAGGUAUGCUUGCAGAGCUACAACUGCAGCUGAAGCUCUUACACGAUGAAGAGAACCGCAGGGGAAACACGACGGUGGAAUUCGAAGUGGAGGAAGAGGAGGACGAUGAUGACGAGUCCAUGUGGAUGCAGAGUUGGAGGCAGCCUGUUAUGCUGAUUGGCAAGCCGGUCCCGAUUGACUCCGAGAAUGAGAGCUGCCAGCAAAUCCAUGGCAACAAUCCAGCAGCACAGCUGGACAAGGCCAAUGAGUUGGAUGACUCCUCGGGGGAGGCUUCACAAGUGAACCAACCGGAAGCCGCCCGUCAUCAUGGUCGAGAUCCAGGAUGCAUCGGGGGCGGCGCCUAUGCGAACACUUCGCGUCCCCAUUGA